GAUUCUAGAUUUAGAUAUAAUUAGAUCUAGAAAUCUAGAUUCUAUAGAAUUAUAGACUAUAGAGGCAUUAGAUCUAGAUUUAGAUACUUCUACAACUUACCUUAUAGAUCUAGAUCUAUAUAUUUAACCUAUUCCUUCCUUUCUACGUCUAGACUUGAAUAAACUUCUUAUUAAUUAAAGUUUUAAAGGCAAAGGAAAGGCAAAUUGGCAAGUGUAACUGAGAGCACGGUUGUAGCAACAGUUGACAAUAUUGAGUCAUUGUAUUAGUGCAGGUGAUCACCAGAAUGGCAGAUACUCCACCGCCCGGCAAAGACCCUGAAAAAUUAAAAAGCAUCGGGACAUCUGGUGACAACGAAGAAGACACUGAAGCUCCUGGUGACGCUGACAGUUGUACUGCAACAGGCGGAUGUUCGCUACCUACUUCUGACGAGACCUCAGCCAAAUCCUUGGGAGACUUUGAAUUUUCGUCAUCCAAGUUUUCAUUUGAUUCUCAUCCUGAAGCAGACGCGAUUCAUUUGUCACACUCAAAAGAUAAUCCAUUGUCAGAAUUGGGUAUUAAUUCAAGGACAGAUCAAAAUGGUUGCACAGGUGCAACAUCAUAUGACAUAAGUUUGGAUAUGAGACAUCAUUUAAGGUCAAACAAAGUUACAACAGGCGAACAGAAAGUUGCAACCAAUGAGAUGCUUGGUCAGAGAAUGCCUAUGAAUAUCUUACCUGAAGAUCACAUGAGAGUCAACAAUACGGAGGUACCUGUGGGCAUUGCUGAACGUCAGUUUUCUUUUCAGUCUAAGCCAUCCUUCAAAGAAAGUCUUUCCCCCAUACAUGUCCAGCUGCCCACACAAGAAAGCCUUGUCCGUCCUGACGCGGUAUAUCGAAUUCAUCCAUGUCGUAAUACAUCCUUUGACGAGAAACCUUAUUUCUCUUUGGAAGAUAACACCAACAUCUCUGUUACUUGUCCUGGUGCAACGGCUAUGACGGCUAAAAUUGACACCUUGCCGACACAAAGCACAGCAAACAAUGAAGUCAUUAAGGCAGCACCGCCUAUAAGUUCCAGCAGCAGCUUCAUUUCCGUCAGAUCAGAAAUCCCAGACAAUUGCCUGGUGCGAAAGUUACCAAGAAGGAUUAUUCACCUCGUGGCCAGCCAUUUGCAGGUUCGGCAGUCACAGGGGACCUGGAAAGAGCUGGUAGAACUUCAUGACUGGAACUACGACAGGACUUACUUGUUCGAGCACCAGAAUCAUGAGGAAGGAAUUUUCUAUUCCCUGCUUAGAGAACCUGAGUUUCAGGACUACAACUUGGAAAAGCUCCGUCAAGAUUUAUACUACCUGCCACGGAAAGAUAUUCUCCACGACCUCAAUGAAAUGAUCAGUGCUCACAAUGAAAACGCCUUAAGUGCACAAAGUAGGAACUCGACACGAUGAAAUACUUGACCUCAUUUAACAAGUUUAUAGUAUUGGCUUUUAUUGCAGUGUCGCCAUAAGUCAUCACUAUUGAAAUAAUUGUUUCCGUUUGCUCUUUGUGACCCUGUUGAGUAGAUUAACUUAUUGGAUUGUGUUUUCUUUUACGUCACAAUGAAAAUCUUCAUUGCUACGGGCAUAUCAGUCUGCUUUGGUUGAAUAAUUGAUGAGUUUCUCAACCCAAGCAGGACAAAACUGCUGGACCUAGUUGAAAGGUGAAGGCCAGACAAAUUGUUUAUUUCAAAGAAAUAUUAGUGUGCGUUUGAAAGAACAAGUUUACUCUGGGGGGGG